UUCCGGCGAUCGAGGGGACGAGGAGAGAAAACCACCAUGGACGACGGCGCUGCCGCCGCCGCCGCCGCAGGGAGGGAGACGACGAAGAACAAGAAGAAGACGGUGUGCGUCACCGGCGCCGGCGGCUUCGUCGCCUCGUGGCUCGUCCAUCGCCUCCUCUCCUCCGGCGACUACGUCGUGCAUGGCACCGUCCGUGACCCAAGUGAUGCCAAGAACGGUCACCUGAGGGAGAUGGACUACGGCGCCGGCGAGCGGCGGCUGCGGCUGUUCAAGGCCGACGUGCUGGACCGCGCCAGCGUGGCCGCCGCCGUCGCCGGCUGCGCCGGCGUCUUCCACGUCGCCAGCCCCGUCCCCGCCUCCAAGCCCCACAACCCCGAGGCGGAGGUGCUGGCUCCGGCGGUGGCGGGAACGCGGAACGUGGUCGAGGCGAGCCACGAGGCGGGCGUCCGCCGCGUCGUGGUGGUGUCCUCCGCCGCCGCCGUCAUCCUCAACCCGGCCUUCCCCCGCGACGCCGUCCUCGACGAGGACGCGUGGUCGGACGAGCACUACUGCCGAUCCAUAGAGAACUGGUACUGCCUCUCCAAGACGCUCGCCGAGCGCGAGGCGUGGCGUUUCGCGGCUGACAACGCCGCCGCCAUGGACGUCGUCACCGUCUGUCCGCCAUUAAUUCUUGGACCUCUGCUCCAAUCGACCGUGAACACCAGCAGCUCCAUCCUCAUCAACCUGAUCAAAGGCGGCGGCGGUGAUGAUGAGGAGAAGGCCGCCACCACGGACAAGAGGAGGAACGUGGUUGACGUGCGUGAUGUCGCCGCCGCACUCAUCCUGACGUACGAAAAUCCGGCGGCUUCCGGCCGCUACAUCUGCAGCGCAUACGACAUCAAGGUGUCUGAAAUGGUUGACAUCGUCAGGCGCUUCUUCCCGGAUAUCAACUACCCAAAGUUUGUGGGAGGGGAGGAUGAGAGGAUUUUGAGCUCCAAGAAGCUGCAGAAGCUGGGGUGGAAGUUCAGGACGGUGGAGGAAUGCCUGAGGGAUAGCGUUCAAUCCUACAAGGCUGCUGGGAUCCUGAAAUGAGCUAGAUAUUGGGAUUUGAAAGAAAAAUUUUAAACUAGCGUAGUGAAUUGUUGAAGGUUGGAAUAAUUUCAUCUGUGUGCAAUGCAAUAAAACUUGUUAAUUUACGAAUUGCAUCGGUAGGCAGUUAAAUGUGUGUGCACUCUUUUCUUAGAGGAAAGAAAAGGAGAGAUUUUAAGACUGGAGAGUGCAUUGUAUGUUGAUUGUGAAACCAGGUUGCCUGAGGAGUGAGAGUUUGGUUCCCUACCUCUUGGCAGUAAUAAGUAAUAACAACAAUUUGAUAGGACC